AUACUUUUCGUUUUCGCAUAAGCACACUGUUCUACUGCUGCUCCUCUCUCUCUCUCAGCGGUUCUCAAGUGCUUUUUCAAGAUACAUAGAGACGAGGGUCAUUCAAUCCACAUAUACCCUCCGAAAAUCUUCUCAUAUUUUAUUGAUUAUCUUCUGAAUAUUCUGAAAAUCUUAAAUCCCAUCUCCAGAUUCAUCAUGAAUUUCUGAGCUUCUAUUAAACAAACAUGAUGAACACAUUGGACCAUCGGCCCCUUGGCCGGAUGGAAACGAUGGAGGGGAAACCAGAUGAAGACGAAGUGCCAACGUCUUCAAAUUCUGAUGCUAAAGGCAAAGGAUACUAUUAUUCGAGUGGUACUGUACCUACAGACGACUCCACUUUAGAAGAAAAAUGUCAACAGAAGACGUUCGAUCCAUCGUGUCCGACACCUAAAACUCCGGUUAUUGUUCCAAAUAGGGAAUUUGAUCCUAACUUCUCAACAGUGACAGAAAACAAAGGAUGGGACAUAUUUCGACUGUUACCUCCAAAACCCGAUCGACUUGGACAUGGAUUUUGGCACGAUGCAAGUCUUCAAGUUCUUAAACUGGCCACUUUUUUGGUGCUCUUCCUGCUCACGCUCGGCUCAGCCGUUGUCGCCAAAUCCACAUUUAUUCUAAUGACGUCGGCAAUUGGGUGGGGAGGACAGACGAUAACAAUUUGCAAUCAAGUAAUAUCUGAAGCAACUCAGAAUACUGUAAAGCUGAAAAAUGCGCAUGUGGUGAAAUGGGUUUGGGCCACGUUACUGGCACUGUCGGCUCCUGAAGCAUUGUGCUUUGUGAGAUCGAUGCACCGGACCAUGUUCCGAAACGUGAAACGCCCGACAUUCAUUCAAUUUGUAUUUGUGCUCAUCAUCGAAACAUUUCACAGCAUUGGCGUCGGCAUUCUCGUUUUCAGAAUAUUUCCAGACUUGGAUGCAGUGACAGCUGCACAGUUAACCAACGCGAUGUGUUUUGUACCAGCGAUUUUGUCAGUCAUCAGUCGAAAACCGAACAAGUCAGCGCUGUUGCUAGUAAUCAUUGAUUUUGCAGCGAUUGCUGCACAAUCAAGCGGGUUUUGGGCUUUACCGAUGUUCCUGCCAAAUCUUCAAAAGCAUUUGGUGGCUAUUCCAGUGUCGCUAACAUUGAUUUCUCUUGCAUGGUGGCAAAAUUUUGUUCAUCGAGAUUCAGUCUUCCCACCAGUGAGAACAUUAGCCAAAUUUGCCCAACGCUUGUCAGAACGUCGCUCAAAAACCUACGCAUUCGUUUCCCUUUGGAAAAUCUGCAUCUACGUUGUCUGCUGCUUUCUUUUUAUCUCAAGUCGAAUGAAAAUUGAAGACAUGCUCCAAAAAGACCCAUUCGGAGAAAAGUUGCUCUCUGUCGCAGGCCAUGACAUGAAUCAGACGCAAAUCGAAAAGUUUCAAUUGAGAAUAAAUCAGAUGAUUGAGCAAGCAAAUCGCGAGGCCGGGUUCUACGCAGCAGCCGAAAAAAAGAAGCAGCCUCCCAAAAAACAACCGAAAGCUGAUGAAGCUGAGCAAGUGGAUGCUGGCGAAUAUAUGAUGAAAAGGUUCAAGAGAUUCAUUGGAGACGCUGGAGAAAAUGAGGAAGAGGAACCUGAAGAGGAAGAAUUUUCCAGUUAUAAUAUCUACUCCAAUUACGUGGAACGUAAUCAGCUAACAAUGGCUUAUGAUGCUUUAUGGCUUGUAAUAUUUCAAUUUGGCGCUGUCUUUGUAUGCUACCACAGCUCAAAGUUUGCAUGUAAAGUAAUGAUGCAACGAAUGGGAUUUGCUCUUCCAAUGGCUCUCAGUGUACCUGUUACUGUACUCUUGCUCUCCACAAAUUGCCGAAUGAGACAGAAAGAUUCUUGUUACGGUACAAAUGUGCUAACUGUGGAGCUUUUCUGGCAAUGUAAUGGUGCAUCAAUGUCGCUUGCCGAUUUCAUUUUGACUCCUCAAACGUGGAUUUGGCUAUGCUGGCUGGCUUCCCAGUUUUGGAUCACUAUUCAUUUAUGGAAUCCAAAGCAUGAAAGAUUGGCAAAGAGUGAAAAACUCUUCAUUCUUCCCUACUAUAUUGGCGCUUUUGUUGAUCAAUCCCUCGCAUUCAAUCGCCGACGAGAUGAUAAGGCAAAGAUCAAGGCGGAAGAUCUGGAAUUCGACGCGGAAGACUCUUCACUCACCUAUGAAACGAUUCCAGGACUCCAGAAUAAGACUCCGCCAAGUGUUUGCUCGGCAAGUAGUUCAAAACUGGAAAAUGGUUUGAUAAGGGAUAGUGCAAGUUCUGCAGAUGCUAUCACGAAGAUCUAUGCCUGUGCGACUAUGUGGCAUGAGACUGGUGUCGAGAUGACGUGUAUGCUAAAAUCACUGUUUAGAAUGGACGAGGAUCAAUGCGCUCGACGAAAUGCUCAAAAAUACCUAAAAGUUAUCGAUCCAGACUACUACGAGUUUGAGGCCCACAUCUUUUUCGAUGACGCUUACGAUGUAAACGAGUACGGGGAACCUGAAAUCAACAAGUUCGUGAAACAAAUCGUUAAUGUCAUUGAUCAAGCCGCGUCAGCUGUCCAUCAAACUCAGAUGAGGCUGAAGCCACCCAAAAAGGCGAAAACUCCAUAUGGUGGAAAGCUAACUUAUAUUAUGCCUGGAAAGAACAAACUAUUCAUUCAUCUGAAGGAUAAUCAAAAGAUCAGACACAGAAAGAGAUGGAGUCAAGUGAUGUAUUUGUACUAUCUACUUGGUUACAGACUAAUGAUGAAGGUUGAUGAUCCAUCAAGAAAAGAAAUUAUCUCUGAGAAUACGUUUAUAUUGACUCUGGACGGUGAUGUUGACUUUACGCCGUCAUCUGUCUAUCUUCUUGUGGAUCUUAUGAAGAAAAAUCGAAGACUCGGUGCGGCAUGCGGACGAAUUCAUCCUAGAGGUGAUGGUGCAAUGGUGUGGUAUCAGAAGUUUGAGUACGCAAUUGGACAUUGGCUGCAAAAAGCGACAGAACAUAUGAUCGGUUGUGUUAUGUGCUCGCCUGGAUGCUUCUCGUUGUUUAGAGCAUAUGCUCUGAUGGAUGAUAAUGUCGCAAGGAGGUACGCUCUAAAAUCCGAGGAGCCCAAGCACUUUAUCCAGUACGAUCAAGGUGAAGAUCGUUGGUUAUGCACUUUACUUCUCCAACGAGGUUAUCGAGUAGAAUACUGCGCCGCUUCAGACGCUCAGACCUUUGCCCCCGAAGGCUUCAAUGAGUUUUUCAAUCAACGCCGUCGCUGGAUCCCAUCAACAAUUUUCAAUAUUAUGGAUUUACUGAAGGACUAUCGAAAUGUAGUAAGAGUCAACGAAUCUAUCUCGAUUUGGUAUAUCAUAUAUCAACUUGUCAUGCUUAUCUCAUCAAUCCUCGGUCCUGGAACUAUAUUUGUCAUGAUCAUCGGAGCCAUCAGUAUCUCAUUCUCAAUUGAUACUCUGAUUUCGUUGGUUAUCGUGUCUAUUCCUGUUGUGGUGUUCAUUGUCGUCUGUCUUACUGCCAAGCCUGAACAUCAGCUAAUUUGUGCACAGACCAUUGGUGCGAUCUUUGCCAUGCUGAUGACAGCUGUCGUUGUAGGAACAUCCCUUCAGCUUCAGAAGGACGGAUUGCUAAGUCCUCACUCUAUGUUCACAGUGGCUGUCGCCACGUCGUUUUUGACUGCCGCAAUACUUCAUCCGCUCGAGUUCACCUGCAUCAUACCCGGAACCAUUUAUUUCUUGGCGAUUCCAUGUAUGUAUAUGUUACUCCCGAUCUACAGUGUGUGCAACAUGCAUACUGUAUCCUGGGGUACUCGCGAAGACCCAAGGCCGACGGAGAAAAAUACUCUGGCUAAGAAAACUCCUGGAAACCUGGAAUCUGGUGAUGGAGCCGGAAAUUCUGAAAACUGGUGUACCAGGUUCUUGUGCUGUGGUAGGGGUACGGUACACCCGAUGACUAUGGUGAUCAAUGAGAAGCUCAAUGAAGUUAUCAAGAAGGUUGACCGACUAGAUCGAAAACAUCAUCCAUCGUUAGCUCGUCGUGCAUCAAUUUUAUCAAGCACUGGUGGAACUAUUCAAAUCGACAAAUGCUCGGAAGCCGAUGAGGAUGAGCAAGCGGAAAUCGAAGACGCUCUGGAAAUGUCAAAUCAAAGUCACGCGGCAAAGAAAAAUCAAAAAUGGAAGCAAGCACAAAGUGAAGCCUGGCUUGCGGACAAGGCGUUGAAGAGAGCAGAACGAGAAUAUUUGGAACCAGAGGAGGAAUCAUUUUGGAAUGAUGUAAUUGAACGAUAUUUGUCUCCAUUGAUUAUGGACGGGAAGGAUAUGGAUCGGCUGAGAGCUGGAUUGAUUGCUAUCCGAAACUCCCAUACCGUAUACUUUUUAAUGAUCAACAUCGUAUUCAUCAUCUCUGUCCUAGUCCUACAAAUUCACAAAGACUGUCUUAACAUUGAAUGGCCUUUGGGACCAAAAUUCAAUCACACCGUACGUCCAUGUUACGCAAAUCAUGAUGAUAAUCAGAAGGAAGAAGUUUGGGUUAUGACACGUCUUCAGCUGGAACCCAUCGGAUUAGUUUUCUUGAUUUUCUUUGUUAGUAUUCUGGUCAUUCAGUUCCUUGCAAUGUUGUGCCAUCGGUUCGGAACCCUUGCUCAUAUCAUCGCCUCCACAGAGCUUUUCUGUUUCAGAAAAACAAUGGACAGACUUAGCGAGGACGAGCUAGUUGCGCAAAAUGCUGUGGAAAUUGCUCGAGAGUUGCAGGCGAUACGGGGAAUUGAUGAAAACGCUCAUAAUAUUGAUAACCCAACCGAAGACCGUGGAAUAUCACGCCGACGUGUGGUACAGAAUCUUGAAUCUUCGCGAAAAUCAAUGAUGAAAAGGAAGACAGAGACCCUUGACGCAGCAUUCAAGAAGCGAUUCUUCGCCCUGUCAAGUGAACAAACACCAGAUCCGGCGGGAUUUUCAGCCAGAGACAAUUCGAAACGACUUACAUUGAGAAAAGGAACGAUUCGAGCAUUAGAGCACAGGAGGGACUCACUGUUCGGAACUCUCGACAAUCGAAAGGACGAUGAAGUGGACGCAACAUCAAUGCGUGGCCCUGCUCAACGCCGCUUGGAACGUCUUUUCACCGCACAACAAGACCAGAAUAGUCCGACAUCGGACGGAAAUCGACGAAAAUCGAAUAGCCGACCGUGGGAUCAGCCAACAUCUUCUGCCACGUCAUCAGGUGACGUGGAGCUGAGAAGAUUUUAAUUUUAUUUUAGUACAAUUAAAUAUUUUAUUCGAAUAUUCGUUCUUUCAUCUUCUGAUCAUCACAUUCCAUCUUUGCCCAAUCAAUUCUUUUUUAUAUUUUUUGAAAAACCUUUCUAUAGUGAGUUCAUUCAAUAAUUUAUUUAAUUUUAAUUUAUACAUGUUCCUGAUAUUUUUGAAAUUUUUGCUACAAUUUGUAUGACGUGAGCUUCCCUACACUUACUUACCGUAUUGCUUUGAACAAAAAGAAAGCCAAUAAAAUUACAUUUAAACCAAAAAGCCUGAAAACUUAUCG